GAGCCCCGCGACGGCGGCGUCCUCGGCCCCUUUAAGGCGGAGGGAUCGAGCCCCGCGUGCGGCUGCCCGAGCCCGGGCAGGUCACGUGGCUUCACACCUUCGCUUGGCGCCGGAACGGGAGUCCUGGGGCGAGGCUGGCCGAGUCGCGUGGCGCGAGGGCGGAAGACUGGCGGGGCUUCGCACCCGGGAGACCCGCGGGGCUGUCGGCUCUGAGGAAGAAGAAGCAGGAAGGAUAAAAGAUUGCUGGGACAACCAGGAAGCACCUGCUCUAUCCACAUGUAGCAAUGCCAAUAUCUUUCGAAGGAUAAAUGCCAUAUUGGAUAAUUCUCUGGAUUUCAGUAGAGUCUGCACUACACCAGUAAACCGAGGAAUUCAUGAUCAUUUGCCAGACUUCCAGGACUCUGAAGAAACAGUCACAAGCAGGAUGCUUUUUCCAACCUCUGCGCAAGAAUCUUCCCGUGGCCUCCCAGAUGCAAAUGACUUGUGCCUUGGCCUGCAGUCCCUCAGUCUGACGGGCUGGGACCGACCCUGGAGCACCCAGGACUCAGAUUCCUCAGCCCAGAGCAGCACACACUCGGUACUGAGCAUGCUGCAUAACCCACUGGGAAAUGUCCUAGGAAAACCCCCCUUGAGCUUCCUGCCUCUGGAUCCCCUUGGGUCUGACUUGGACAAGUUUCCAGCACCCUCUGUUAGAGGAUCACGCCUGGACACCCGGCCUAUCCUGGACUCUCGAUCUAGCAGUCCCUCUGACUCAGACACCAGUGGCUUCAGCUCUGGAUCAGAUCAUCUCUCAGAUUUGAUUUCAAGCCUUCGCAUUUCCCCACCCCUGCCCUUCCUGUCUCUGACAGGGGGUGGUCCCAGAGACCCUUUAAAGAUGGGGGUAGGGUCUCGGAUGGACCAAGAGCAAGCUGCUCUUGCUGCAGUCACUCCCUCCCCAACCAGUGCUUCAAAGCGAUGGCCAGGAGCUUCUGUGUGGCCAUCCUGGGACCUCCUUGAAGCUCCCAAAGACCCCUUCAGCAUAGAGAGAGAGGCCAGGCUGCACCGACAAGCUGCAGCUGUGAAUGAAGCCACCUGUACCUGGAGUGGCCAGCUUCCUCCCCGGAACUAUAAGAACCCCAUCUACUCUUGCAAGGUGUUUCUAGGAGGUGUUCCUUGGGAUAUUACAGAAGCUGGAUUAGUUAACACCUUCCGUGUUUUUGGCUCUUUGAGUGUGGAGUGGCCUGGUAAGGAUGGCAAGCACCCCCGGUGUCCUCCCAAAGGUAAUAUGCCUAAAGGGUAUGUGUAUCUGGUGUUCGAACUAGAGAAGUCUGUCAGAGCCUUGCUUCAGGCUUGCUCUCAUGACCCGCUGAGCCCAGAUGGCCUGAGUGAAUAUUAUUUCAAGAUGUCCAGCCGAAGGAUGCGCUGCAAGGAGGUGCAGGUGAUCCCCUGGGUAUUAGCAGACAGUAACUUUGUCCGGAGCCCGUCUCAGAGGCUUGACCCCAGCAGGACGGUGUUUGUUGGUGCUCUGCAUGGGAUGCUCAAUGCCGAGGCCCUGGCAGCCAUCUUGAACGACCUAUUUGGUGGAGUGGUGUAUGCCGGGAUUGACACAGAUAAGCACAAGUAUCCCAUUGGAUCUGGUCGUGUGACUUUCAAUAACCAACGGAGUUACCUGAAAGCAGUCAGUGCUGCUUUUGUCGAGAUCAAAACCACCAAGUUCACAAAGAAGGUUCAGAUUGACCCUUACUUGGAAGAUUCUCUGUGUCAUAUCUGCAGUUCUCAGCCUGGUCCUUUCUUCUGUCGAGAUCAGGUCUGCUUCAAGUACUUCUGCCGGAGCUGCUGGCACUGGCGGCACAGCAUGGAGGGCCUGCGCCAUCACAGCCCUCUGAUGCGGAACCAGAAGAACAGAGAUUCCAGCUAGAGGAGCUGGCCUUGCCCAGUGGCCUGUGGCGCCCAAAGCUGGCAGGUCAGGCAAGCAGCCUGCACCACCCUGCCACUGGCGACCAGGGAGCUGGCUUCCCGAGGACAAGGGAAAAUUGUAGUCACCUUUGCACUUGCUGAAUCUGUCUUUGUUUCUGCACUAAUUAAUGCACAAUGAGUUUUGUCGGGUUUUGUUUUCUGGGGGCGUGCCAAGGGCAAGGACCCUUUGGCUUACCCUUCAAGCGACUCUGUAGUUUUCCCAGAUUUUAGUUUCUCAUUUUGCCGAUGAAAAGCAAACAAACAAAAAAAAACUACGUGUCCAGAAAGUAUUGACACGGAUGCCUACACCUAGGUUUAUUUAUUAAAAGCGCUUUUUUACAUUCCUUGCAAUACUGAUGGUGAUGAUGCGCAGGUCUCAUUGGUUUCAUUCUUGCAGUUGCCAUACAGUGCCUUUCCAUUUAUUUAACCCCCACCUGAACGGCAUAAACUGAGUGUUCAGCUGGUGUUUUUUACUGUAAACAACAAGGAGACUUUGCUCUUCAUUUAAACCAAAAUCAUAUUUCAUAUUUUACGCUCGAGGGUUUUUACCGGUUCCUUUUUACACUCCUUAAAACAGUUUUUAAGUCGUUUGGAACAAGAGAUUUUUUCUUUCCUGGCAGCUUUUAACAUUAUAGCAAAUUUGUGUCUGGGGGACUGCUGGUCACUGUUUCUCACAGUUGCAAAUCAAGGUAUUUGCAACCAA